GUGUGGUUCAAAUAUUCCGUGGCGCCGUUGGGAAAUGACAACAGCGUAUGGCGGCCAUGUUAGUUGUAUACAGCGAAGAUAAGCAAGGUGACGUUUUAAUUCAGUGAUCAAAAAACACCGUUUUCAGCAAGUUUUUCGGAAAACCCCGUUUUAAAAAUGAAUUUUCGCAAUAUUUUUAACAGAGCAGAUAGUGUGAGGAAACCCCCGCAAGCGUCCGUGUUCAGGGCAGUCCGCUAUUAGUCAGUUUCUAUUUUUAGAUAGGCGACAUUAAAUUCCCGUUGGAAAGUGCGUGCGGAUCUAAUACCGAUUUGUUGAAACUUAGAGGAAUGAAACUCACAUCCAGAUCCAGAGCCGAAAAAAGCUGGAUUUAUCCCAUUGCGAAUCAGCUGUUUGUCCAUGUGGUGGCGCCCCCUACCAAAGCGAUUUAAAUGCCACUGACAAUCAAAUGUCAAACCCCAGUCUCAAAGCGCAUAUAAGAAGAGAGGUUUGAAAAAUGAGUUCACAAGCAGAUAAACCGCGAGUUGGAUGUUUUGUAUGUAGUUCGGUCGAUAAUCUACUGCGGUGUGCCCGAUGUAAAGCGAUUUACUACUGUUCCAGAGAGCAUCAGAAGAGAGACUGGAAGCGACACAAAGCUGGUUGUAAACAGUUGAAUCCUGGGGCUCCAAACGGCCCUUCGACUAGCAACGAUUCAAAUUCAGUCGAGCAGAGAUACGGGCAUUUGUUUACCAACUCAGUGGCGUCUUUGUUGCCCAUUGAGGGCAGCUCAGAGAGCGAGAUCCUGAGCACGGCGGGGGAGCUUCUAGGGGAGACCUACACUGGGGCUUUCAACAACAACAUCGACGACAAAAGUUCCAGCGAAGAGUCCCUAAAGUGCGCCAAAUCAGCCAUGCCGAUUGCAGGCGAGAAUAUCGUGAAGCCAGUCAAAGGCAUGAAGUAUUUCCCUGAAGUGGCGCUAGCUGGGGGCUCGGCCCCCUUUCAGCACAGCAUAGACGACGUUGUGUUGGAGAGCAUGUGCAGAAACAUUAUUGAAGACCUAAGUGAUUACGGUUUAUGUGUGCUGGACAAUUUCCUCGGCUUCGAGGAGGGCAACAGGGUGAUGGCCGAAGUGCUCAACAUCAAGGGCACAGGAGCCCUGAGAGACGGCCAGCUGGUCUCAACAAGGGGAAAGGCCAAGGAGGACCUGAAGACCAUUCGGAGUGAUAAGAUUUGCUGGGUGCAUGGCAAGGAGCCCGACUGCGAGCACAUCGGCUAUUUGAUUGGGCGGGUGGACACCCUCAUUACGAGGGCCAAUAGAAUGUUCAAUAACGGCAAGCUGGGACAGUACAACAUCAAUGGAAGGACCAAAGCGAUGGUGGCAUGCUAUCCAGGCUCUGGGGCUCACUAUGUGAAACAUGUGGAUAAUCCAAAUAGAGACGGCCGUUGCAUAACAGCCAUCUAUUAUUUGAAUCGCAACUGGGACGUGGAUCAAUACGGGGGCCUGCUGAGGAUAUUCCCGGAAGGAUGGCGAGAGGAUAAAGUUGCCGAUAUAGAGCCACUGUUUGAUCGGUUGCUAUUCUUCUGGUCGGACCGGCGAAAUCCCCAUGAAGUACAACCAGCUUUUGCUACGAGGUACGCCAUAACGUUGUGGUACUUCGAUGCUGCGGAGAGAGAAGAGGCUGUGAGACGUUACGAUAAAGAACGUUUAGCUUUAGAAAAAUCUACCUCAUCGUCCACCUGACUGAUGGCGAACAAGCGCCUGAAACUUGUUUGACCGCCCUCGACCUGAAGACCGAGGCCAUGCCGGGUAAAAAUCGCCUCUUGUACAUAGCCAUACGGUGUGAUAUUUACUUACCGCCUCCUGGGUACACAACAUAUUUAAACAGUUUUCUUUAAAAGACUUUGGCUUACGUUUUAUCCGUUUAUUUUCUAGCCGCGGAAUCACUUUCAAUAUGCCCUGUUAAUUAAUUAAGCGCAGUUUGGGAAAGGUAAGUUUUCCUCAGUAUUUGUUCUUUAACUAGAUUUUAAGGCGACUGGUUUGAUUCUCAGGCAGAUCGUUCUGAAGGUUCAUUGCUCUUUUUCAAUGGAAUAUCGGCAUUCCUGCUGAUUAUUGUUAACCGACGGGUAAAAGGACUGAGUUCGUUUUCAAGAAAAUCAACGAUCUGCCUGGAACUAUCGCGCAAAUUUCCCGAUCUAAUUUAAUGUAGGCCCAUCUGCGCCUGUGUUGUGUGAUAAGUAAAUGUUGUCAUUGUUUUUACUACAUGAAAACGUGAGUACUACCACGUAAGUUGUAGAUAUAUAUCCGAUAUUGUAAUGUAUAAAGUAUGUUAAGAAAAAGCAACAUUAUUUUGUUAAAGACUCGAAAGAAAUAAAAUCAAAUACCCAAA